GGAGUGGAUGAAGUUUUGGAGCAGUACGAUAAGGCUUUGCGCGCCUUGUCUUCGCAGUUGGGCUCAAAACCAUUUCUGUUUGGAAACCAACCAACAGAGGCGGAUGCACUUCUGUUCGGACAUUUGUUCACAAUAAUCACAACUAAGCUGCCUUGCAUGGACUUGAAAAACGCCAUUCUCAGUUACGCAAAUCUUCAAGAGUUUCUCGACUCGAUUUGA